AUGCUACCGACAGCCGCGCGCCGGGGGGGCGCCUUCGUGCCCCGCCUCCGCUUCGACGUCUCCGAGUCCAUCCCCCGCUCCUACUACCUAGGUCACCACCACGCGGCACUCCGCGAAAUCUCCAACCGCUUAUCCGAUGUCGGUCUGGUCCUGGAGUGCCGCGACUACCGCGUCCCCCUCACGAGCUGGAACCCCGUUCUCGACCGCGCCAUCGCCGGCCGCGAACGCAUCGUCGUCUACACCCACCGAGACCUCGGCACCGACAGCCCCGCCUCGGUAGAGCAAAGCCUACGACGCUUCCACAGCGGCCGCUCCCCCGUCGGCGGCACGCCACAGCGCGUCGUCUUCUGGCGCAAGGACGACCCCUCGACCACGAAGCAGCUCCUCUCCGAGAUCAGAGCCGUCGCGCACUCGGUCGACAGCCUUACGGGCAUGCGCGCGCUGGUCGUCGGCAUGCCCAACGUCGGCAAGAGCACGCUCCUCAACAAGCUUCGCGUGCACGGCAUGCACAAGAAGCCCAACGUCGCCAAAGUCGGCGCCCAGCCCGGCGUGACGCGCAAGCUAUCGUCGCCGGUGCGCAUCCUCGACGCCGAGAGCGACGGCGGCGUGGGUCUCGGCGAGGGCGUCUUUGUGCUCGACACCCCGGGCGUCUUCAUGCCCUUUGUGUCCGAGGCCGAGAGCAUGGUCAAGCUCGCGCUCGCGGGCUCCGUAAAGGACGAUCGCAUCCCCAUGGAGAUCCUCGCCGACUACCUCCUAUACCGGCUCAACCUCUCCGACCCGAGCGCGUACGCCAAAUAUUGCGAGCCCACGAACGAGGUUAAUGAGUUCCUCCUUGGAGUUGCCCGCAGAACGGGGAAGCUCAAGAGCGGCGGAGAGGCAAACGCGGACAGCGCGGCCGACUGGAUUGUCAAGCAGUGGAGGGUCGGGAACCUGGGCAAGUUUGUGCUCGAUGGCAUCAAUGACGAAGCAUUCAAGGAGAAGGAGUUGGCGAGGGAGGGACAAGGCCCGCUAAGCAUGAACCAGGCACGAAGGAAAGAGAAGGAAGCAAGGAAAGAGCGAGCAAUGAACAAGACUAAAGCAGUUUAG